AUGUCUGAGAAUGUUGGUUCAGGGACAGGGUCUUCGCUUCCUAGUGUUCCUAGACCUACACCUGCUGUUUCUAGGAGAAAAAAUGCAACUGGAAAUAGAAGUGAUAUAGGAUGGAAACAUGGGAUUGAUGUUCAAGGCAAUGGUAAAAAAGUGAAGUGUAAUUAUUGCUCAAAGACUAUAAGCGGAGGGAUUUAUAGAUUCAAGCAUCAUCUUGCCGGUACUAAAGAGGAUUCAGAACCUUGUGCUUCAGUACCUGAAGAAGUGAAGGCUGUGAUGUUGAAAGUCUGUGUGGAGGCUAAAGAAGCAUCAUUGAAGAAGAGAAGAUUCAGUGAUGAUGAGGAUUAUCCUGAACAAACAGAAAAGGAGAAGGACAAUUCUCAACAAAAGGGGAAAGAUAUUCGCAACUUUGUCACAAAAGGAAAAGGGGCUCAAGUUCAAUCAACAAUAAAUCAAAUGAUGAAGAAGGAUCUAAAGGAACAAUGUGAUCAACAAUGUGCCAUAUUUUUCCAUACAAGUGCUAUUCCUUUCAAUGUUAUUAAGAAUCCCAAAUUUUUAAAGUUUUGUGAGAUGGUUGGGAGAUAUGGAAUUGGCUACAAACCCCCUUUUUACCAUGAGUUAAGAGAAACCCAAUUAAAGAAAGCAGUGAACAAUGUUGAUGAAAUGCUUACUGAAUUUAAAGCAGAGUGGAAGAGAACUGGUUGUUCAAUCAUGUCGGAUGGAUGGACUGAUAAAAAAAGGCGUAGUAUUUGUAAUUUCUUGGUGAACAGCCCUAAAGGAACAGUUUUUCUUUAUUCAUUGGACACUUCUGACAUCUCAAAAACAACAGAUAAAGUUGUCAAAAUGCUAGAAGAUGCCGUAGAAUUUGUUGGUGAAGAGAAUGUAGUCCAAAUUGUUACAGAUAAUGCUGCUAAUUAUAAGGCUGCUGGAGAAAGAAUGAUGGAGACUAGAAAAAGUUUGUAUUGGACACCAUGUGCUGCACACUGCAUAGAUUUGAUAUUAGAGGAUUUUGAAAAGAAGCUAAAGGUGCAUGAAACAACCAUAAAAAAGGAAAGGAAAAUCACCACUUUUAUCUACUCUCGGAGUAUGCUCAUUAGCAUGUUGAGGAAUUUUACAAAGGGAAAGGACUUGGUUCGGCCAGGUGCCACAAGAUUCGCCACUGCCUAUUUGACUCUCAGUUGUCUUCAUGAUAAUAAAGGACUAUUGAUGACUAUGUUUACUUCUGCUGAUUGGAAGACAACUAAGGUUGCAUCAACACCUGAAGGAAUAAGAGAUUGUUAG